AUGUAUAUAUACCGCAACGAUGCACAAGCAUACCUAGAGAACUAUCAGCCCAAGAACAUAUGUAUCGUUUUCCUAGUCAGGCGCACAGGCGCACAACGAAAGCCCAUAGAGGACAAUAUCUCCUUCCGACAACAAUGGGGAAUUGCACUUCGACGUCCCAUCAGUAGCUUUUUUCAAAACCACAACGAUCUGGAAACUAGCCAACCAAGGUCUUCAGGCCAACCACCCCCUCCAUACCGCUACGAACACGCUUCAGGCAGUUCUGAAACCUCAUUGAGCGAGGCAGAAACCCUGUGGCCAACACCAGUUGAGAGAAAUGCUUCUCUUAACGUGAACGUUAUCGAGUCCGGUAGUUAA